GCGGCUCUCUCGGUGCCUUCCCACCUCUCUCUCUCCCUCGCUCUCUCUCUCUCUAUGGACGGCCGGAGGCGAGAGGAGGACGCGGGGAUUGUUGUCGUCGGGACUGCAGCGUCUUUCCGGGCCAAGGCGAUGAUUUAACAACCGGGGGAGAGCGACGAAGAAAACCGGGGAGCGCGCCUGGGAAACGGAGACACACGAGCGGAGAGGAGCGGGCUCAGCCGUCGGGAGAUGCGCGGUCGGGCCGAGAUUGCGGCGGUAUCCCUGGACUGAGCAGAUUGUUCUGAGAGGAAACGGAUAACAAACAGGGGAAGUGAACAUGGCAGGGACCUCGGGCUUCUUUUCCAACGGACCUGUUCCGUGGAUGGACAACGACACAGAGAUGAACAACCUCUACCGAGACCUGGAGCUGGGGACAGUGCUGACGCUCUUUUACUCCAAGAAGUCCCAGCGGCCAGAGAGAAGGACAUUUCAAGUCAAGCUGGAGACCAGGACUAUUAUCUGGACUCGGGGCACGGAUAAAAUAGAGGGAGAGAUUGACAUUCGGGAGAUCAAGGAGAUCCGUCCUGGACAGAAGUCGCGCGACUUUGAGCGCUACGUGGAGGACUCUGCAGCGCGGCUGGAACAGGCCCACUGCUUCGUCAUCCUGUAUGGAACCGAGUUUCGCCUCAAGUCCCUCAGCCUGGCAGCAACAUCUGAUGAGGAGAUGACCAUGUGGGUGAAGGGGUUGAACUGGCUUGUGGCCGACACGCUGAAGUCACCAACCCCACUUCAGAUAGAGAGGUGGUUACGUAAGCAGUUCUACUCGGUGGAUCGCAACAGAGAGGACAGGAUAUCCUGUAAGGAUCUGAAGAGCAUGCUGAGCCAGGUCAACUACAGGGUGCCCAACAUGAGGUUCCUCCGAGAGAAGCUUCCGGACUCCGAGCUGAGGAACGGAGACGUGUCCUUCAGUCAGUUUGCCCAGCUCUAUCGCAGCCUCAUGUUCGACGCCCAGAAAAACAUGGAAAUCCCGUUUCUACAAAGGUUUAUUGACAGACCAGAGCAGAGGAUGUCCCUGGAGGAUUUAAAGAGCUUCCUCCUGGAGUCUCAAAAGGAAACGUGGGCUACAGACAACAACAGUGUUCAGGAGUUUAUGUUCGGCUAUCUGAAAGACCCCCUGAGAGAAGUGGAACAGCCAUAUUUCCACCAAGACGAGUUCCUGACGUAUCUGUUCUCCAAAGAGAACACCAUCUGGGAGUCCAACCUGGAUCUAGUGUGUCCCGAGAAUAUGAACAACCCUCUGUCCCACUACUGGAUCUCCUCCUCGCACAACACCUACCUGACGGGAGACCAGUUUUCCAGCGAGUCGUCCCUGGAGGCAUACGCUCGCUGUCUGAGGAUGGGCUGCCGCUGCAUUGAGUUGGAUUGCUGGGAUGGUCCUGAUGGAAUGCCAGUCAUCUACCAUGGACACACCCUCACAACAAAAAUCAAGUUUUGUGAUGUCCUGACCACCAUCAAAGAGCACGCCUUCGUCACUUCUGAUUAUCCCAUCAUCCUCUCCAUCGAGGACCACUGUAGUAUUGUGCAGCAGAGGAAUAUGGCCACUCACUUUAAGAAGGUGUUUGGAGACCAGCUGCUGACCAAGGCGGUGGAUAUCUCAGCCGACGGCCUGCCCUCACCCAACCAGCUCAAGAGGAAAAUCCUGAUCAAGCAUAAGAAACUCGCAGAAGGAAGUGCCUAUGAGGAGGUGUCCACCUCCACUCCCUACUCGGAGAAUGAUAUCAGCAACUCCAUCAAAAACGGCAUCCUGUACUUGGAAGACCCAAUUAACCAUGAGUGGUAUCCUCAUUUCUUUGUCCUGACCAUGAGUAAGAUCUACUACUCGGAGGAGACCUCCAAUAACCAGGGUAACGAUGAUGAGGAGGAGCACAGAGAGGUGUCCAAUGGUAUGGACCAGCACGUGACAGAGAAAUGGUUCCACGGGAAGCUGGGCGCAGGGCGAGACGGGCGGCAGAUAGCCGAGAGGCUGCUGUCGGAGUACUGCCUGGAGACUGGAGCUCCUGAUGGCUCUUUCCUGGUCCGAGAGAGCGAGACCUUUGUGGGAGACUACACGUUGUCCUUCUGGCGGUCAGGGCGGGUGCAGCACUGUCGCAUCCACUCGCGUCAGGAGGCCGGCAGCCCCAAGUUCUACCUGACUGACAACCUGGUGUUCGACACGCUCUUUGCCCUGAUCACCCACUACCAGCAGGUGGCGCUGCGGUGCAAUGAGUUUGAGAUGAAGCUGACUGAGCCGGUGCCUCAGACCAAUGCCCACGAAAGCAAGGAGUGGUACCAUGCAAACCUGUCCAGGAGCCAUGCUGAGAACAUGUUAAUGAGAGUUCCUCGUGACGGGGCCUUCCUUGUCAGGAAGAGGGCGGAACCCAACUCAUUUGCCAUUUCCUUCAGGGCCGAGGGUAAGAUAAAGCACUGUCGCGUGCAGCAGGAGGGUCAGACCGUGGUGCUGGGCACCUCCGAGUUUGACAGCCUUGUAGAUCUCAUCAGCUACUAUGAGAAACAACCUCUCUACCGCAAAAUGAAGCUGCGCUACCCCAUCAAUGAGGACACACUGGAGAAGAUAGGCACUGCUGAGCCAGACUACGGGUCACUGUACGAGGGCAGGAAUCCAGGUUUCUACGUGGAGGCCAACCAAAUGCCCACAUUCAAGUGUACGGUGAGAGCCAUGUACGAGUAUAAAGCCCAGAGAGACGAUGAGCUCUCCUUCACCAAAAACGCUGUCAUCUCUAAUGUGGACAAACAGGAAGGAGGAUGGUGGAAGGGGGACUGUGGAGGGAAGAAGCAGCUGUGGUUUCCUGCUAACUACGUGGAGGAGAUCAGUCCCUCAGCUGUGGAGCCUGACAGAACUGAGAUGACAGAGAACAGCCCUCUGGGAGAUCUGCUGAGAGGAAGCGUGGACGUCUCUUCCUGUCAGAUUGUUGUGCGUCCUGAAGGGAAAGGCAGCCGGCCCCACGUCUUCUCACUUGUGCCGAACACCAUGCGGACGGGCCUAGUGCUGGAUGUUGCUGCCAGCAGCCAAGAAGAGCUCAAGGAAUGGGUGUUCAAAAUCCGUGAGGUCACCAUGACCUCAGAGGCAAAGCUGGAAGAGGGGAAGAUAAUGGAGAGGAGGAAGAAGAUCGCACUAGAAUUAUCCGAGCUGGUCAUCUACUGUAGGCCUGUGCCGUUCGAUGAAGACAAAAUCGGCACCGAGCGGGCCUGUUUCCGGGACAUGUCAUCAUUCCCGGAGACCAAGGCAGAGAAAUACGUCAACAAGAUCAAGGGCAAGAAGUUCCUGCAGUACAAUCGACUGCAGCUGUCCAGGAUCUACCCCAGGGGCCAGAGACUAGACUCCUCCAACUAUGACCCACUUCCCAUGUGGCUCUGCGGCUCCCAGCUGGUAGCGCUCAACUUCCAGACCGCAGACAAGCCCAUGCAGAUGAACCAGGCCCUGUUCAUGUUGAACGGAAAGAGCGGCUACGUCCUUCAACCGCCCAUCAUGAGGGACGAUAGCUUCGAUCCGUUUGACAGACAUACGCUACGAGGCCUGGAUCAAAUCACUUUAGAGAUAGAGGUUUUGGGCGCCCGGCACCUGCCCAAGCACGGACGGGGCAUCGUCUGUCCUCUGAUCGAGAUCGAGGUGUGCGGCGCAGAUUACGACAGUAUCAAGCAAAAGACCGACUCGGCAGCUGAUAAUGGUCUGAACCCCACGUGGCCCCAGAAGCCUUUCCAGUUCGCUGUGUGCAACUCGGCAUUCGCCUUCCUACGCUUUGUGGUUUAUGAGAUUGACAUGUUCAACGACCCAAACUUCUUGGCCCAGGCCACAUUCCCCAUUCACGGGCUGAAGACAGGUUACAGAUCCGUACCUCUGAAGAACAGCUACAACGAGGACCUGGAGCUGGCCUCUCUGUUAGUCCACAUGGACAUCAUCACAGGAAGGGAGGAGAACGGAGAGGUUCUGAGCCCGUUUCUUGCGGUCGGGACCACGUCAGUGUCAGCAUCCGCCCAGGCAGGCCGGGAACGGCUCGGGGAUUUGAGCUCUGUGUCUUCGACCUCCUCCAGCAUGUCCGCUCUGCCCCAGUCGCCGGCCCAGGCUAUGGCCUACGCGGGGAGGGAGGGCUCCUUUGAAUCCCGCUACCAGUCCCCUCUGGACGAAUUCAGGGUGCCCCAGGAGACCCUGCUGGACCACAUGGACGCUCAGAACAGAGGGAAUUUGCGGAGGACCCGAGUGGGUGGAGAGAACCGCGUCUAAGUCCAAGGCAAUCAGGACGAAUUUCUGUCGCACCCCCCCCACCGCCACCAUCACCUCAACCCCCCUUACUCCUCCUCCUCCUCCUCACCCAGUCGCCUCCCCCCCGUACCGAUGAUGUCACUGACUGCUGUGAACACUGUUUCCAUGGAAACGCCCACCACCGCUUUGGCCUACAUUUCAGGCAGCUCUCCCUCCCUCCAUUUUCCAACACCCACCCCUCUGUCUCGCUCUCUCUCUCCCCUUUCGCCCUCUCUCUGGCGCUCUAUCCCCGGCCUGCCUCCUCAGCGCUCGCCUGAGGAGGAGGAGAAGGGACUCGGACAUAAGAAGAGGGGAGGGUGUGUGCGUGGGGAGGGUGGGCGCUGCGAGGAAGCGGAGCCCGGCGGACAGGAAGAAGAAACGGGACAUUCACAGGAGAACAAACACAAGGCUGAACGAGUUCCAGCUCUGGACGGGUCAUUUGCGGUGCAAGUCGUCCUCUAUCGUGUAUGAAGUGUGCACAACAGCUGCUUGGUUGGGAGGCUUUAGAGGAGGGACAGAGAGACGGAGCUCAAAGAGGUGUCAGUUUGAAACUGUCUCCCAGUUACCUUUCUUUGAUCUACUCUAUUUGGCGUAUAUGAACAUAUAUAUUUAUUCCUGCUAUGCUGUUGGCCAGAGAACAGCUGCAGCUGACCUGCUCUCAAAGAGCUCCUGUAUUCAUGUUUUUAAUUAUUAUAAUUAUUUAAACCUUUAGACAUUCAUAAUGUGACUUUUUAUGUAUAUGUGUAAAACAUGAGGGCUCUCUAUGGCUUUUUAUUCACAUCUCUCUCCUCUUGGCUUUGUGGAGGAAUGAGUCUCCAGUCUGACACAGUAAUCCUGGGGGGAUUUUACAUUUUUUAUUUUUACCUUCUUUUUUUAUUUUAUUUCGGAAAGGCAUCAGGAAGAUGUCAUAACCUGUUGUUGUUGUCGAAGCGGUGGGAGAGAAGGCAGCAGCUCAUGUUGUCUCGGAACACACUCAAACACACACACACACACACACAGUCAUUUUUACUUCAGCUAGUUUACAUUCCAAAACAGACUGCACAUCAUUCCACUUUCCUGCACUGCAGACGCCUUCGGAAGCAACGCAACACAUUCUCACAACUGUCUCACUCACUUCCAGUCUUACUCCUUAAUGGUCACGUCUAUUUGAAUCCUCACUCUUUGUUAAAGCAGGCACACAGUUUGAGUUCUGAGUGUUUAAUGAGGCUUGUGGUCAGAAAGUUUUUGAUUUCUUGUAUGUAUCGUCCCCCCCCCCCCCCCCGUGUUGUAAUGGCAGCAUGCUGAUUUCUUUAUUUUUUGGAAUAACAGAAGUGUUGAGGAAAACAUUAAACACAUUUUAAAACAUUUUCAUUUACGGGGGGAACGUGGUGAAUGUUUCACAUUCUGUACACCAUGAGUGAAUAUUGGAUUUGUAGAUUGUUGCACUGUUACAAGUUUAACUGUGCAGCCACGUGUUCCCCGUAUUUAUAAUUGAAUGUUUUUUUUUAAAUGUAAAUAUUCUACUCACGUUUGUAUCUUUAAAGCAAAAGCGACGGCCCCUUUAUGCGAUUACUGUGACACAAGUAUGUUCUAGUACCAACAGAUGUCUAAGCAAAAGUGACUCUCUGCCACCAGCUUGGUUUAGUUUGUGCAAAAGGAGUUUUUACAUGUUUGGAUGAGAAACUUGUCGACAAACUCUAAGCAGGUGAGAAGGUUUGUUUUGCCAAAGUAAGGUGUUAAAAAAACUAAACGACUACAAGGCCAUAUUGUUUUGCAGCACCACACAGAUGUAGGGAACUGUGUCUGUGCUGCUGUUAUGUUCUGGUGAGUUUUGUCACUAAGCAGCCUCCCAGUGACCUGUGUGGGAUUUUAAGUUCCAGUGCCACGAGAUACAGUUCAGUUCGCCACUGCCCAUGAGUUAGUUUGUGAUGAAAUGUACAAAAAUGUGGACUUUAUCCUGGUGAACGCCAAACGCUGCACUUCACAAUUCAUCGGCCACAACUUCGGACCCUCGUUCGGCCUCGGACUCACAAAUGUUCAGACUUCUGUUGGGGUGAAGGUUGGUUUCCUCCUGAAGGGGCAGGGAGCUCUUCAUUUCCUGUGUGAGAGUGUGUUUGGUAGGAACAGGCCGAGCCGGAGCUUUCUGUGGCCGGCGGCUGAUAAAAGGUGCCUGAGGUAGGGGUGGGGGGGGCCUCCAUAUAACUGACGGUGUCACCUUUCCAGGUUUGCAUCAGAAACAGUGUUUUCUCUCUGUGUAUGAUGAUAUAUGAUGUAAACUCAGUAUUCCCACUCAGUGCUGAAACACUGAGACAAGCCAUAUGGUAUGAUUUAAGGUAAAAGCAGGGACAGGAGUGAAUGCUUGAGGACUAACUGAAACUUUUGUGGCAUGUUUUUCUUGUUUUUGUAUGCGUGCCAUUAUUAAACCCAAAGUUCCUCCAUAUUACAUUUACUUCUCCAGCGGUCCAUGAAUGGUAUUUUGUUUUUGUUUUUGCGGAGAGCUCUCCCUCUAGGGCUGCAUUUCUCGUACUGUCUGCUAACAUCUAUACGUGCCUCCAUCUUUGUACACAUCACAUUAAAGCCUCAUCAUUCACGUGCCCCCGCUGGGCGUAACUAGCACCUGCACAGCCAUGGUACACCCACUCAGGUGUGGUCUCUUCAUUUGGACUGGUGGGACUUCAUGUCAGCAGCUGCGUCUGGUUGACAUGUCCCCGACUCGCCUGUUGUACGUGCUGCAGCGGCAUCAACAAACUGUAAAGAGGUCGAAUCAGACAGAAGGACUUAGAGCGCCUGUGUGUGGGUGUGUUCGUACAAGGCCUUAAGUGUCAUUCGUUCUUUUUGUUUUCAAUCGUGUCUGUUCCGUCUCAUUUACAGUCGCCUUUCUGUAACGUGCCUAAACUAUGGAGAGGAGAAGUAUUCAUUUUAAUUUUUGCUUUUCAUAUGAAACAUAUUCAAGCCUGAAAAGUAAAUAAAAUACUUACUACUUUA